CAAUUCUAGGGUUCUUCAGAUCCAAUCGGUUUUUGAAUGCGCAUGUGAAAUUCUCUGUGUUUUUUAUUUUUAUAAUUGAGGAGCAUAGAUCGAUUUGUUAGUGUAUUGAAAGUUAUAAUUUUCGGAGAUUAUUAUUGAAAAUGCCUGUGAAAGUAGCGAGUGCGUCAUAUCGGGAUCGGACUCAGGAGUUUCAGAGUAUAGCGGAGAGGUUAAAGAAGUCAUUUUCGUCUUUUCAGAAUGGGCCGAUUAGCAGCAGCACCAGCAGUGGUUCUAGAUCGGAGGAACAGAGGACCACUAUUGCUAUGCAAUCGGAGUUCAAUCGGCGAGCCUCCAAAAUUGGUUUUGGAAUACAUCAAACCUCUCAGAAGCUUGCAAAGCUAGCAAAACUGGCAAAAAGGACUUCCGAUUUUGAUGAUCCGACUACAGAAAUCCAGGAGCUGACUGCAGUCAUCAAGCAAGAUAUUAUAGCACUUAACUCUGAUGUAGUAGAUCUCCAGCUUCACUCUAAUUCUCGUAAUGAAAGUGGUAAUAGUGAUACCAUUAGUCACUCAACGACUGUUGUAGAUGGCUUGAAGAACAGGCUGAUGACUGCCACAAAGGAGUUCAAAGAAGUACUCACCAUGCGGACAGAGAAUAUGAAGGUUCAUGAGAACAGAAGACAGAUGUUUUCUUCAUCGACUACCAGAGAAGCUUCGAAUCCAUUUGUGCGCCAGCGUCCACUAGCUUCAAGGACCAUACUCCACCUAGUGGGAUUUCACUGGGUAUGUUGUUGUUGUCCCCCAGCUUCAAGGAAUACUGCUAGUACAUCAGCCAGUCCUCCUCCUUGGGCUAAUGAUUCAGCUUCUUCUUCUCAGUUAUUUCCAAGGAAGCAAGGGGAUGGAAACACACAGCCAUUGUUGCAGGAUCAACAACAGCAGCAGCAGCAGAUAGUUCCAUUGCAAGACAGCUUCAUGCAGAGUAGAGCUGAAGCUCUUCAAAAUGCCGAGUCUGCUAUCCAAGAGCUGGGCAACAUUUUUAAUCAGCUUGCUACCUUGGUUUCUGAGCAAGGGGAGGUUGCAAUCAGGAUUGAUGAGAACAUGGAUGACGCACUAACAAAUGUGGAAGGGGCACAAGGGGCUCUGCUCAGGUACCUCAAUAGCAUCUCGUCUAAUCGGUGGCUAAUGAUUAAGAUAUACUUUGUGUUGUUUUCCUACCUUAUGAUUUUCCUUUUUUUUGUGGCAUAGUGAACAAUGGACAUUCGACAAAGUGUGAUGUAGAAAGACAAAUAAUCGUGUAUUUUAGAUAAGUUGCUCCGACCCCUGGUAGCGCUACU